GUGGCCCUCUUGGUCCCAUCUUAGCUACAUUGUAAUCAGAGCGAAGAGGAAAAGAGGACUCGUCCAUAUUACAGCUGCUGUUUCAGCGGUUUCCGUGGCGAUGGACCCUCCCGGCGGGCGAGAUGAGCGUCGCCGUCAGGCAGAGCGUCUUCGACGGGAGGAGGCGUACUAUCACUUCAUUAAUGAGCUGAGUGAGGAGGAAUAUCGGCUGAUGAGAGAUAGCAACCUCCUGGGCACACCUGGUGAAGUGACGGCUGAGGAGCUGAGGCAGCGACUGGAUGGGGCGAAGGAACGAGUGUCUUCCCAGCCACAUCCUGAAACACGCCCUCAGAACACUGAGAUGGGACAGGAGGGCAGCAGUGGAACUGCUGAACCAGGUGCGGAGAGCACUAAUGGCGACUCUUUACUAGAGUGGUUGAACACAUUCCGCCGCACGGGCAAUGCCACCCGCAGUGGUCAGAGUGGCAACCAGACAUGGCGCGCCGUCAGUCGCACAAACCCCAACAGCGGAGAGUUCCGUUUCAGCCUAGAAAUCAACAUCAAUCAUGAGCAGCCUGAGCCGGGAGAGCACAGCGACGCACCUGACCCUGCCGAUCUUCCUGUUCCCCCACCGCCACGGGCUUCUGCAUCUAUACGUGUGCCCCAGAGGCCAGUGCCAUAUUCAACCCACCACCCUGCCCCUUAUUCUACAGUCCGGCCCACACUGGGGAGGAGGGCUCAAGCACGGCGCACUCGCAGCAGCACAACUCCGCCCAUAACUCCUCCUCUCAUCUCCCAGGCUCCGUAUACAGCUUUACGAAGGAACCUCACGCUCCCUCAGCCAGCCCCUCCCCUUCCUUCCCAAGCCCCACCCACUUCUCAAUCCCAAAGCCAGGAUGGUGGUAAUGUUUUGGGUCAAGGACAGGCCCCAGCUCCCUCACCUAUUAACAGUGAGGGACAGGAAUCUAAUGAGCUCCCAGAUUGUCCGGACACUGUGUCUCAGUCUGCCUUGCUAGGGUCAGUGACUAGCCGUACAAGUAGGACUCGUUCACGUGGCCGUCUGCGCCGGACAACUGGGUCCAGCGCUCUUCCACGCACCUCUCGCCGUAGCCGCUCCCCUCUGGACAGAAACCCCACCCCCAGUGUUAGCCCGACUCCAAGCGGUGAGACACCUGGUGCACUAGAAUCAGGCGAAAGCACGACGGUUGCUAUGGAGACGGGUGAGGCAGCCGAAGAAACAACAACGGCCCCUGUGGACCCUGUUCCAGACACCCAGGCUUCAGAGGAGGGUGAGACGACUGCUCAAGGUGGAGCAGUGGGAGGAGCCGGAGCAGGAGGUGGGGCCAGGCGCCACCCCACCAUCAUGCUGGACCUGCAGGUGCGACGCAUCCGACCUGGAGAAAACAGAGAUCGGGACAGCAUAGCCAGCCGCACGCGUUCGCGAGCCCGUGCAGCUGAGAACACGGUCACCUUCGAGAGCGACAGUGGUGGCUUCCGACGCACCAUAUCCCGCUCAGAGCGGGCUGGCAUUCGCACUUACGUCAGCACCAUCCGCAUCCCUCUGCGUCGCAUUUCUGAAACGGGCUUAGGGGAACCCAGCUCCACCGCACUGCGCUCCAUCCUGAGACAGAUCAUGACUGGCUUCGGGGAGCUCAGCUCACUCAUGGAGACCGAAGCAGAUUCAAACUCCACCCCCAGCCAGAAUGGAGGCCACACCCCUGGAGCCCAGAGCCACCGUGCUCAAGGAAGUGAAGGAGUGCCAGGUCAUCAGGGGGCAGAGUCAGAAAGAGAGGGUGGAGCUCCAGGAGAGGCAGGACAGAGAUCAAAUGGUCCAGACGUUCGCUCCAGUGGCCGAGACACCAAUAACCUGGUAGAAAAUGGGACGCUGCCUAUCCUCAGGCUGGCCCACUUCUUCCUGCUGAACGACGAGGAGGACGAUGAGCACCCACGAGGCCUCACCAAAGAGCAAAUCGACAAUCUGGCCACGCGCACCUAUGGCCAGGCCAGCCUGGAAGGCGAGCAGGGGCGGGCCUGCAGCGUCUGCAUCAAUGAGUAUGCCCAGGGCAACAAGCUACGCAGCUUGCCCUGCGCCCACGAGUUCCACAUCCACUGCAUCGACCGCUGGCUCUCAGAGAACAACACCUGCCCCAUCUGCAGGCAGCCCAUUCUGUCCGGACAUCAGGACUGACAGCGGGAUGCCUUCAGACCCCGCCCCUUCACAAUAACCCCAACCGGCCCAUUGACUGACUGACUGAAAAUUUCCAUCAUUGGUGGCACCUGUACAUAGCGCUUCAAUCAAUGUUUUCAUUCAUUGAGACCCAUUGUAUUCAGCUGAAGGUAGAACCAAAAAAAGGAAAAAAGAAACGACACAGAGAAUUAACAAAGCUUUAUUUUUUUAGACUUUUGUUUUGUUUUCAGCUUUUUUUUUCUUCUUUUUUUUCUUUUUUCCCCAGUCCACAUGGUCUCCUCUCUGUGACCCCCACCAUUGUGCUUCAGGGUCACAUUAACAAGACGUUUAACUGUGAUGAAUCAGUGUUAGCAAGAGCUAAUCAGUCUCACUUUUCAUUUUGAUUUCUGUGGCUUCAUAAAAAGGAUGGAUUUUACUGAUCGACCUCUAAACUCAAGACUCAAGAGGAUAUGUAAAUAUACGAAUGUUGUGUUUUUUGAGGUUGGACGUUUAGAAAGAUACUUAAGCUCCUCUGUAAAUUUGUUUUAACGGCAGCCUUUAGUUUUAAGCGCUUGCAGCUGAAUCCUUCGUUUUGAAAGCUCUUAUGGCAUAAUCUUCCAUUUUAACGCUCUUUUAGCGCGUUUUCAAUCGGAGUGUGCCAGUUAACCCGAUGAUUGAUCUCUGCUCUAAUCUGGUUGUAUAAGUUUUUAGCCAUUGCAGUCUUUUAUGUGAAUUCAUGGGUUUUUAAAGAUGAUUAUUUGAAAUAGUAACAAGCCACCUAACAAACACUACAUGCAUAUAAUGAUGAAAUAGGUUUAUACUGCUCUCAGUUUGAAUGUUAUCUACAUUUCUGUACCGUUUCUGGUGCAAAGAAGUGGUUCACAUCUGCAGAUCAGAAUAUUUAAGUAUUGUAUUGUCGGGCCCAUUGAGUGCAUGCUUGAUUUGUCUUCUUUUCCUGCAUAUGAACACGAAGUGCUGUAACACAACACAGGUCACAAAAUUUUAUUGGUGAGUGAUAAUCAAUUAAUCUAUUUUUGCUGUUGUUUUGUUCUCUCUCUCUCUCUCUCUCUCUCUCUCUCUCUCUCUCUCUCUCUCUCUC